AUGCAGAGGGCGGCCGCUGGUGGGCUGGACGUGGCAGAGGAGUUCGCCAUCUUGGGGGCGCUCGGACAGCACCCCAACGUGGUUCGGGCCUUCGGCGUUCUGACGAGCUCUCUCGGAAAAACCGCUUUGCUCCUCGAGAGGGCGACCGAGAGCCUGCACGACAUGGCCUGCCGGCUCCAGGCCGACCGACUGGAAACUUCGCCGGCCGGGAAGGGCUCUCUGCUGCAGCUCUUCCAGCAGUUCCUCCUUGGCCUGUCGUUCGUGCACGGCCGUUCGAUUCUGCACUUGGAUGUCAAGCCCAAGAACAUCCUGGUCUUCGACGGCGUUCGUGCAGCACUGGCGGACUUCGGGCAUUCGGAGUCUGCUUCGGACGGUGCCUGCUCGGUCGUCGGCGAUCGCGUCUACACCGAGGCCUUUCGAUGCUCGGAGUGCCUGAUGGCAGGCGAUCGGAAGGUCAGAGUGACGUUCGCCGGCGACGUCUGGGCAGCCGCCGUCUCGUUGUUCGAGAUCUGCUCACCUGCAAAAGCCUCGCUGUGGACGGUCUCUCCCAAGACGUUCGUGCGGGAGACGGAGGAGCAGACAGCUCAGGCCAUUCGAGAGAUGGCCAUCGCAAAGAGUGCCAAGGUGAUGCCGUUCAAUCAGAACAUGGUGGACGUUCUGGAGAAGGUCUUCCUACCGGCCAGCCGAAGACUGUCGUUGUCGGGCAUGCUUCAGAGCAUCCAAAGAGACCGACGAGCACUCGGCCAGGCCCGAUCGUUUUGA